UGGCAAUGUACGAAACAUACUUUUUUGUUUUGUUUGUUUAAUAAUAAUAUAAUUAGUCCAAACAUGGGAACGGGCUGUGGUAAAUAAAAGAAAAGACGAAACCAAUUACCCUAGAGAAAUCAUCUACGCCGGCAAGGCGAAAUUAGUUGAUGAUUUUCGGAUUAUUUAAUUACAUGCAACAACAGGAUACGUUUAAUGUUACGCCUUUGUUUUUGUGGCAGACAAACCGUCUGCAUGUUCACCUGUGCCUGACCAAAACAAUGACGACCUCCAGAGCAUGGCAUGGAAUUCGAUAUGGGGAACCCUUAGAACAUUUCCGAAGCCGUCGCCGCCACUUUUGGUCUGCAAUUAAUCCAAACUUGUUUACACAAAUGGAAUGCCUCAGCACUGAUUUUGGAUAGACACUUCGCACUCAGGCCAGGCCGGGCAGGUGUUGCGUUGGACUCUGACAAAAUGCCAGCAGACACAAUGCAGACCACUGACCAGACACGGUUCGAGCGCACGCAGAAGAUGCUGCCCGUUCUAGCAGACGAUGCUGAAGGGGAGGAUGUCGAGUCGGUGUCCUCGUUGGCGGACAAUCUGUCGAUUUGGAUCGAUGGCGAGGAACACUGGAUAUCGGGUGUGGAUCCAAACACAACCUGCGCGGAUCUAAUCUGCGCAUUGCUCAGCUACCAAGACGACCCACCGGAAGCAGUGCCACCAAAUGCUGACCCCCUGAAGCCAACAGCGAAUGUCAAGCAGCAGGAGUACGCGAUUGUGCAGAAGCAGCGGCACUACGAGGAGUAUCUCGAUGGCAGUGCCAGACUCUUUGAUGUUAUCAGCAAUCGUCAUGCCUCGCCAAAGGAGGAAUGUCAGCUACAGCUACGCCAUUUAGCCACUUCAUCGGCGCGAAAACACACCCCAACAACGGACAAGGACAGUGGCAUGGGCAGCCCUGUGGACAGUUCUCGUAGCAUGCGAUUUCGUCGAAGGGGAAAGCACAAAGUGCUGCCCUCUCUCAAUGUGCCGAUGGCUACAGAUCACUGGGGUGGAGAGACGAGAACGAAUAACCCCAAGCAACCAAAGAGAAGCCGGAAAUUGCCGCAGCGGAACUGCCACAUGACUCCGAAUGAGAGUCUGCUGACCAUCAUACUGGCCCAGGACGAAACUAUCCUACAGCAGAUGUCCAUGUUGCACGAAAAAGAUCGACAAAUAUUGAAAAUCGAAGAGGAGAAGCAUCGAGUGCGGGAGCGUGAGUUGGGCAAGAAUUAUCUGCUCGAAACGUAUCUAAAAGACUUGGAUGAGCCGCAGGCCAUAGAAGAAGUCGAUGAAGAUGAUCCAGAUGCAACGGAUAUUCCCUUAUGUACAGAAGAUGAUUAUAGAGCGGAUCCUGCUUGGACACCAAGCGAUGUGGAGGUCAAGGACGAAAUACGAGUGUAUUGGCUGGAAAAGAUUCAUGCGGUGAACAAACAGCUUCAGCGGGAGGAGGAGCUGCUGCUGAGUCUGCACGCCAAGGUGCGCAGGCAUCAGGUGAAGCGGGCGUACCAGACCAAGAGCGAGGUGAUGCUGCAAAUCGAUCGACUCGAUACGGAGCUGUCGACACAGGUAGCGGAUAUCCAUCGAGUGGAACGGAAACUAUUCACGGCCAACGAGCAGUUAAAAGCCAAACUGGGAGUGCUCGAAUGUUUGGGUCGCGAAUUCGAGACAACUGUAACCGUUGCUGAUGCCCCCAAUGAUACUCAUAGAGAACCCACAGCUACAACCACAGAAGAGGUCACCCAAGCAGACAAAGUGGCGAAAUUAAUCCAAUCUUCCAUGCGUGACGUAGAUGAUCUCCGUAUAUCCGUUAAGUUGCCGCCAGUAUUAGAAGCAGGUGAAAAUCACAGAAACAGAAACCCAAAUCGCUGCCUGCCCCCCCAGGAGUUGGCCGAAAAGAACUUGAAUGUUCGACAUGUGGCCGACAAGGGCUUAACGAAGCAAAUGUUUACCACAAGCCUCCCUACCUCACCAGCAGUGGAAGCCUGUCGGAGCGGAAAGCUUGUACCCAGAGAAGCAAUCCCACUGGAUGUCCUCUAUGGAACUCCGCUGCAUCCAGCCUUAGAUCUGCAGCACUUGGGCACCCUCGUCUAGAUUGAGGUGAGCGACUAGAGGGGGUUGUGUAGUGUAGAGUGGAGUGCAAUCCAUUUAAGAAUCUCGUGUAACGUAUUUUGAACAUCCGUACCAAAUUGUUGUCAACUAACCAAAUAGAGAUUUGAUGUUUUGUUAAU